AUGCCGCCACGUGUCAGACUUCGGAGCCCAUCAACAAACUGGUCAAAAUAUCACAUCCACGUAUUCGUUCACACAUUUCUAAGGUAAAAGGUAAACCUUAAGCUCAAAAAAAAAACCAGAAAUUUCCAGCUAUGCUCUAUUGCACGCCACCAGAAAAACCCUAUCAACUGUAAAACCAUCACUAAUUCAUACAUGGACAUCAAAUUCGACGGAACCGUUAUUUCCAUCGACGCAUGCUGCUACGGAAUUUUUGGGAGCUUUGGAUACGGGAUUUAUGAUCGCGUAUGCGGUGGUUAGUCGAGCGACAAAGUCGCGAGUGUAAACCGCAAGCUUCCGCGAACGCGGCAAGUUGAGUUAGCUCUCUCGAAAAUCCCUAACUUUCAGGGUCUCUACAUCUGCGGAAUCCUCGGGGACAAUUUCAAUCCGACUCGUCUCCUAACUCUUGGAAUGAUCCUUUCCUCAAUAGCCGUUCUCACCUUCGGAUAUCUCAUUGAAACAUUCCACCUCUAUUCCGCACCACUUUACGCAACCUUGUGGAUUUCAAAUGGCGCAUUUCAAUCAAUCGGAUGGCCAGUUGUUGUUUCAAUAAUGGGAAAUUGGUUUGGACAUAAUGCACGGGGUGCAAUUAUGGGAAUUUGGUCAUCUUGCGCAAGUGUUGGAAAUAUUAUUGGAACUUUGAUUGCUAGUAACACUUUGGAAUUUGGUUAUCAAUAUCCUUUUGCGAUUGUUAGCUUGGCACUUUUUGCAUAUGCGAUUUUGAUAUUUUGGCAUUUGCCUAGCUCGCCGAGGGAGACGAAUCGUGAAGUUUCGGAGGAAAAUGAGGAAGAAAAUGAGGAAAGACCACCGCCUAUUGGAUUCUUCAAAGCCUGGCUACUUCCUGGAGUUAUUGCGGUAAGUUUCAGAUUUCAAAAAAAAUUGACGAUAGGUUCCCCUGUGCGAGAACACGAAAAUUUCAGCCAAAAUCACUAUUUUGACUGAAAUUUUCGGGUUCAGGCUUUAAUUCUUCAAAUAUUAUUGAUUUUUCAACUAAAAUUACAUUUUUGUGGUGAAUAUUUCUCUGAAAAUCCGGAUUUUUAGAACCGAAUUUCAGAACUGAAAUUAAAUUUAGGAAUUUCGAGAGAAAAAAUUGACGAUAGGUUCCCCUGCGCGAGAACCCGAAAAUUUCAGUCAAAAUCACUAUUUUGACUGAAAUUUUUUGGGUUCAGGCUUUAAUUCUUUAACAUAUCGUACUCGCCACGUGGCAAAAGUGAUUUUUAAAGCAAAAAUUCCACUUUUUGUCAAUUUCAAAUUCAAAAUUUUCUGUGAAAAUUCAGAAUUUUCAUGUUAUUUUUCAUCGAGAAUUUAAUUGGUAUUUCAACAAUGAAGUGUCGUGAGAAACAACAUUAUUUUGAAUUUUUUGAAACAUAAAAUAUUCGGGAUUUUUUCUCAGUUCGAAAAUCACAAUUUUGGAUGGAAUUUCGAGGUAAAUUCAGAUUUUCGGUUCAAAAAAAUCAUCUGAAAACCAGUUUGUCUCAAAAUUCAAAAAAAAAAUUGGCGAUAGGUUCCCCUGCGCGAGAACCUGAAAUUUUCAGCGAUUUUUCGAAUCGCUGAAAUUUUCAGGUUCAGGCAGAAAUUCAGAAAAUCAUAAUUUUCAGUACUCUCUCGCCUACGCCUGUCUAAAACUCGUCAAUUACGGUUUCUUCUUCUGGCUCCCAUUCUACCUUCAUUCCGGCCUACAUUGGCCUGAAACCUAUGCCGACGCAUUAUCCACUUGGUAUGAUGUUGGUGGAAUCGUUGCGGCAGUGCUUGCAGGCGCCGCAUCUGACCGUAUGCGAUCCAGAACUCCGCUAGUCUUCGCAAUGCUUCUAAUCUCAACUCUCGCAUUAUAUAUCUAUUCAAAAUCACCAGAAUCUUACAAUUGGAACGCUUUCCUCUUAUUGAUUACUGGAUUUUUCAUCGGCGGACCGGCUAACAUGAUUUCGAGCUCGAUUACCGCUGAUUUAGGAAAAUGCGAACAACUUCGCGGAAAUUCCGAAGCUCUCUCAACAGUGACUGGAAUUAUUGAUGGAACUGGAAGUGUUGGAGCAGCUAUUGGACAAUUCUUCAUUCCAACAGUACAGUUAUGGUUUGGCUGGAAUGCCGUGUUCUAUGGCUUUAUUUUUAUGAUGUUUUGCACGGCAAUUUGCCUGGUUCCUGUACUUUAUAAGGAACGGAAAGAACAACAUUUGGGACAUUCUAACGAAUCUGAUUCUCUCCUAGAGAAUCAAGAUAAUAAUUCUGAUGAAGAUGUGAAUAAUUAUAAUGUUCAGGAAGUUAGACGACGUGUUUGAUACUUAAUUUAUUAUGAAAUGUACAUAAAGCUACCGUUUUUAAUUUUCUACGCGCUUAAAACUUAUAUAUUUCACUCCAAACCCCAGAAAACCCCCCAAAAAAAACAAAAAAUAAAAAAUUAUUUUUCAAAAUUGGGCUACGGUCACGAUAAAUGUGUGCAGUCAAACAUCAAAUGCUACGCGCAAUUGCACACAUUGGCAGGCUGCCAGGCGAAAAAGCCAUUUUUAGGGUUGCUCGCUGCAAUUUCAGCCUAAAAUCGGGGUUUGCAGAAUUUCAGACGUAUAAUUUUGGAUUUUCGUAUGACAGUCAUGAAAAGCACAUCGUUUUUGCUGUUUUUUGAUAAAUUUAUUGAUUUUUCACUUUUUUCAGGGUCGAUGAUGAAUUAUUGAUUUUUCGUGGAUAAUCGACGGAGUUUUUUAGGGAAAAUUAGUUGAUUACUGACAUUUUUAGCAUUUAUUAUCGAAAACUCUUAGAAUUUGUAUUACGUUGUAUUAAAAACUUAGAAAAUUGUGAAAACUUCAGAUGAAAAAAGUCGAAAACGCAACUUUCACCAUUCCGAAGAAAAAGAAGAAGAAAGUUGAGCAAAAAGAUACGAUUUCAGUGAAGGAAGUUGAAGAAGGUUAAUAAAAUUGAAGAAAUUCAGAAUUUUCAGCGAAAUUUGAUCAGAAAUUCAAUUUUUUAGCAUUUUCAAUGAGAAAACCACUAUAAUAUUGUUGAAACCGUAAAUUUCAGAGAGAAACGAAUGAUUUCCAGCUAAAUAAUCAAAGUUUCUAGAUGAAAAUCGGGAAAUUUGAGAUUUUUUCCCGAGAAUAGUGAAUUUCUAUUGAAAAUUAGGUGAAGCUCAGAUUUGAGCUGAAAAUGAAGUUGAAAAUCAUAGAUUUACCUAUUUCUGACAGAAAAUUACAGUUUGCGGCUAAAACUAACGAUUUUCACGAGAAACAUUGGUUUUCUCUCAAAUUUUAGGAUUCCAAACAACAAAUGUUCACGUAAACCCUGAAAAUUCAUCUGAAAAUUGAAAUUUCUAGCUAAAAAAUCAGACGAAAACGACAUUUCUUAAAAUAACUUGAAAGUAGUUGAAUUUUCAUUUUUCAUAUCACAAAAAAAAUUCAAUCUGAAAAUCAUUUUUGUGAUAUGAAAAUUGAAAAUUCAACUAUUUCCAUGUUAUUUUAUCAAAUUUUCUGAAAAUCGUUGCGAAAUGUUGGUUUUGUCUGAUUUUUUCACUGGAAGUAUCAAUUUUCAGAUGAAUUUUCAAGGUUUACAAGAAUAUUUGUUGCUUGGAAUCCUGAAACUUCAAAAAAUUUCAGAGAAAACCAACAUUUUUGGUGAAUUCAAUCAAAGUUUCUUGUGAAAAGUCGAAAUUUCAGAUUUUCUGGUUAGCUUUAGCCGUAAACUGUAAUUUUCUGUCGAAAAUAGGUGAAGCUCUGAUUUUCAACUUUAUUUUCAGCUCAAAUUUAAGCUUGAACUAACUUUCAAUAGAAAUUCAGUAUUCUCGGAAAAAACUUUUUUUCAAGGUUUCCAUGAAAUUUCGCAAUUCAGAGCUGAAAGUAUAGUUUUAUCUAGAUAUUUUUCGCUAUAGAAUCACAAUUUUCAGCCAAAAUUCAAGGCCCAAAAAACCUCGAAAAUGUUUUUGCAGCUCUCCCAGCACCGGAAAAAGGAUGGCAAAUUCGAGAGGCGGCAGUUGGUGCGGAAGUUUUUGGAGUUGUUCAGCGUUUCGCUGAAAGUGCGGCGGAUAAGGAAUUUUGGGCGCAGGUCAAACAUACCAAUGUAUUUAUCAUCGAAAAUAAAUACCUGGCUUGGAAGGUGCGGGAAAAAUUGGAAAUUUUGCACUGAAUUUGAAUAUUUCUAUCAAAUUCUGUGCAUUUUUGCGUAAAAUGUUGUGUAUUGUUCUCUUGCACACUGAAUUUGACGAGAAAUUGCAGAUUUAAAUAGUUUUUGAGGGAAAAACAAUUAAUUUCAACGCAAAAUUGCGGAUUUUCAAUGAAAAAUGUUCAUUUUUACCCAAAAAUCGUCACUUUCAAGCCCAAAAUUUUCGAAAAAUGAUUUUCCCCCUAAAUUAUCUUUAGAAAUGCAAACGCGCUCCAAUGUCAAUUUUCAAAAAUUUGAAUUUUUGCGUAAAGAAAAAUUGUUCACGUGUUGACCUUGACUCAAAAAAAAGAAAUGAGCGAGAAAAAAUUUAUUUUUCGAAAAAUUUUUGGCUGAAAAGUGGGUUUUCAUAAAUUUGUGCAGAAAAUCCGCAAUUUCGCGUCAAAUGUUAUGUUUUGGAACUGAUUUUCGCCUAAAAACAAUGAAAUUCCACGUUUUCUCACAAAAAUCUGCAAUUUCUCGUCGAGAUCAGUGAAAAACACUAUAAUUGACGCGAAAAUGCACAGAAUUUGAUAGAAAUCAUGAAACUUCACGAGUAAACACCGAACCCCACGGAAUAUUGCACAAUUUUCAAAAAAAAAAACAACAAACUUCCCGCGAAUGUACACAUUUUCAGCUCAAAACAUUGAAUUUGACGUAAAAUCCACACUUUACGUUGAAAAAACAUGAAUUUUCGGUGUAGAACAUCGUAUUUUACGAAAAAUUGCACAAUUUUUGAAUUUUCGAUCGAAUUUGACGAAAAAUUGCACAAAUAACUCCUAAAUUCUAUAAAAAACACCAAAUUCCACGCAAAAAUGCACAAAUUUCUUGCAGUUCUCCGAAUGCAAACGUGUCCUACGCUCACAAAACCAUCCAGACACCGAAACCCUCGGCUUCCGCGAAAUAUCGUCGCAAAAAGAGACGGAUUACAUUGCGAGAUACGGUCUUCGUUGCGGGACCCAACAUUUUUGCGAUAUCGGCGAUCCGCAAUACGGUGUUUAUUUGUAUAAGAGUCCGGAUUUGACGAGUAGUACUUUGCAUUAUUAUGACAAUUUGGCUGUGACUAUUAUGAUGUUUAAAACAUUACGGUAGGUUUUGGCGCGAAAUUUGGGAUAGCAGCACUGAAAAUCUGGAAAAAAUACGUUUCAAAAUUUUGCAGCGGAAAACCGAACACAGUAGGCUUGGGCUCGGGCGACAUCGAACCACAAACCGGUCAUUUUUGCCACGUGGCAGCCGAAACCGAAGAAACCACUCAAAAUGAGCACAAAAGGCGAUUGGCUCAUCGUAUGGCCGCCGUUUAUCACUAUGAAUAUGAGCUCGACGGGUUUUCGCCGCGAAAAUUUCCGGCAAAUGUGUUGCCGUAUGCUGUGGUGCGAUUUCGAAUUGAUGGAAGUGUUAAGAUGCGAAAUCCUAAUGGUUUAUUGUGAGUUUUUGAGCUGAAAAUGCGAGUUUUUCGAGCGUGAAUUUGGUUUUCUAGCCCAUCAGCCAUUUUUCUUAAUGAAAAUUGACCUAGAAAUAGUAUUUUUUGGUUUUCUAGGCCGUGGCCGAGUUUUCCUGGUUUUCUAGGCCAUCAGCCAUUUUUCUUGAUGGAAAAUGACCUAGAAAUCGUAUUUUUUGGUUUUCUAGGCCACUAUAGCAUGAAAUAUAGCCUAGAAUCCCAAAAAUUUGGUUUUAUUAGCCACGACCGAGUUUUAGAUGUUGAAAUUUGAAUUAUCAAUUCUAUCUGAAAAUCUGGAAUUUUUGAAAUUUCUAGUGAUUUUGACACUCAAAAGCUGAAAAAUUGAAUUUUUGGCCUCAAAAAGCCCGAAUAUUUUUGCAGAAGCAACAUCUUCACAAAAUUCACAUGGUUCCCGGUCUACGAUUCACAUUGUAUCCUAAAAAUUCCGGAUUUUGGCGAUUUUCCAAUGCAUUUACAAACUCCUUUGAGAAAUGCCGAAGUUCCCGACGGACUUUUCGAUGGCGAAUUUGUUUUUGGGCUAAAAAAUGAUGAGGAGAUUUUUUAUGGAUUCGAGAGUUUGGCCAAGUUCAAAGAGCUUAGAAUGCUCCAAAAUCGCGCGAAUUUUGGACGAAUUGUGGAGCAAUUGGAAGUUGUUGUGGAGAUGGCAGGAGGGGAAGAGGUUGGGAUUUUUUGGGGGGCUUUUUGGUCAGGAAACCGGGCUUUUGAGAGCCCUUCUUUUGAGCCUGAAAAUCUGCAUUUUUCAGUCCUAAAAUUGAUGCUUUUUGAGCCUUAUUUUUGACUGAAAAUCGGGACUCUUUUGAGCCUAAAAUUUAGGCUUUUUGGGGCUGAAAAGUUCAACUUUUUCUGAAAAUUUCAAACCUCGAAAUUAUACGUUUCAAAAAUUUCAUAUUAAUCUUGGAUAUAAAUGAUUCAUUGAUCUUCCUUUGAUUCCAUCCAUAAUUUGGUCUAGAAAAUCUGCGUUUUCGUGCUUAUUUUGGUCUGAAAUAUGGGCCUCUUUCAGCCUAAAAUCUCCAAUUUUCCAGCCCACAUUCCUUCACGCCACCUACAAUAUCAUGUUCCACCAACACCAUCAAAAAGCCCAUCAAAUACCAUCAGAAAAUCAUCAAAAAUUCCAAAAACUCAUCGGAUCAAUGCAAGUUUCCGGUGUGUUUCUCGUCGGAAUUGAUGCCAGCGAAACACGGCAUUUCAUGUUUCCGUCUGGCGAAAUUGCGUCGAGUUUUGGACUGCCUUUUAUUCCCGAUGCGAUUCAUGUGAUUUCUUGUAGUGAUCGCGAUUUUUAUACCAAUCAGUUUUUGAUUUCCAAUGUUUUUGAGGCAGAAAGUCGAUAUUUGUUAGAGUGAGUUGGUUUUUGGAGGAAUGACCUAGAAAAAAAACGAUUUUUGGAUUUCUAGGCCGCGACCGAGUUUUUUUGGUGUUCUAGGCCAUCAGCUAGUUUUUUAGGUUGAAAAUGACCCAUUGGAUUUCUAGGCCGUGGCCGAGUUUUUCCAUGCUAGAAUUUGGUUUUCUAGGCCAUCCACUGUUGAAAAUGUACCAGAAAGCUACAUUCAGGUAAUUUUUGCUACAAAAAACAUGUUGGUGACCUAGAAAACCAAAUUCUAGCUUUGAAAACUCGGCCACGGCCUAGAAAACCGAAAAAUACGAUUACUAGGUCAUUUUUCACCCAGAAAAAUGGCUGAUGACCUAGAAAACCAAAUUCUAGCUUGGAAAACUCGGCCACGGCCUAGAAAACCGAAAAAUACGAUCAACAGGUCAAUUUUUAUCAGAAAUCGCGUUUUUCUCCAAAAAAAAUAGCCUAGAAAUCCAAAAAUUGCAACGUUUGGUUUCCUAGGCCAUGACCAAGUUGUUGACUGAAAAUCUUUCGAAUUUAGUUCAAAAAUCUUGGAUUUCUUCGAUUUACCGUGUAAAAAUGUCCAAAUCUCACCAAAAAUUUGAAUUUUUCCAGAGAACACCAGAAAGAUUUUACGGAUAUCAAAAUCGAUGAAGCUUUUCACAAACAAUGCACAGCAUAUUACAAAGAGCACAAUGAACUUGGAGCAAAUCUGCCAAAACCUGCAAUUCUUCCAAAUGCUGAAAAUCCGGCUGAAAAUGCAGAUGAUUGGAUCGAUAUUCCAAUGCCACCAGUUCCACUUCCGGAAUUUGCGGGAAAAAGUAUACUUUUUAAAGGCGCAACUACCGUAGAAGCGGAAAAAGGAGCGUUGAUUGGAGCGGCGAUGAGAAAUAAGAAAAGACGACCGGAUGUGAGAGUGAAAUGGGCCGAAAAUGUGGUGGAUGUGAGUUUUUUUUGGGGUGGUUUUAAGCCCGAAAUCGUGAUCUACGUAAAAUUUAGGCCUGGGGGCUUUUUUCCGUGAAGAUUUGGCUGAAAAUAAGCAAAAAUACUCUAUUUUCAGCCAAAUUUGAAAUUUCAGCUUAAAAUUCCCAAUUUUUUUUGCAGAAUUGUGAUAAAUUGAAAACUUCGGGUCAAAUGGAAUUGGAGAAAAAAGAACGAAAAAAUCAAUUGACUGAAGAACAAUCGGAAGCACUUCGAGAAACUAAUGAUUUUUUCAAAUCGGCAUUGGCUUCUCAAAAUUCAAUUCCAAAAGAAAAACCGAAAAAUGAAAAGAUAGAUGCAUUUGGAGUCAAAAAAACGAAUGGAGAGAAAAUUGUGAGUGUUUUGGGCGGGAAAUUUUGGGAUUUUCAGCUGGAAAUCUGAGAUUUUUGGCCGAAAAUUCGAUAUUUUCAGGGUCUUUUGGGCCUGGGGGGCUUUUUUGGUCCAAAAAUUUAAAUUUGGGCAAGAUUUAUCUGAAAAAUUAGGCCUUGAGGCUUUUAAGGUACAAAAUCUUGGAUUUCUAGGUUCAAAAUUGAUUUUUGGGCUCAAAUUUUAAUAAUUUAAAUUCAGAAGUCAGUCCAAGCAUUUUUAAUGAAAAAUCUGGGGUUCUGGGCUUUUUUGGGCCUGAAAAUCGUGAUCUACAUUAAAAAUUAGGCCUUAGGCUCAUUUUCGGACACAAAAUUGGAAUUCUUGACAGAAUUUCGGAUUUCUAGGUUCAAAAAUCAUAUUUUUUUCUGAAAUUUUCAGAUUUCAAGCUAAAAAUUCCUAUUUUUCCAGGAAGAACCUGCUCCAAAACCCGUCGAAAAAUCGGCUGAAAUUCCACAAAUCGCUGAAAUUCUAUCCACACAAAAAUCCUUGCCGGCUGUAAAUUUCAGCACAAUCAAAUCGCUUCCGCUUCCCAUCCGCAUUCCCGAAAUUCCGCAAAUCUUUCCGGAAACGGCGGAAAAUGAUGAGGAGGAUUUGCUGGAAAUUGCUGAAAAUGACGAGAUUCCCGCUGAAAAUCCGGAAAUUCCGGCUGAAAAUGUGGAAGAACCCACGCCGGCUGAAAAAGAAGAGGAAGUUAACGAUAUUUUAAAUUUUUGCUUGAGCUCCACGAAACCCAAAGAAACUGUGGCUCCGAAGGCAAUUGAAGGAAGCUUGUUAGAAAUUUUGGGGUGAGCUAUUUUUUUGCUGAAAAUCUGAAAAUCCGGCGGAAAAUGAUGGAUUUUUGAGCCAAAAUUCAAAAUUCAUGAAAAUUGGUUGAUUUUAGGCCGUGGCCGAGUUUUUCUAACAAAAAUUGGUUUUCUAGGCCGUGACCGAGCUUUUUAAGCCUGGUUUGGAUUUUCUAGGCCAUCAAAUAUUUUACUGGGUUGAAAAUGGCCUAGGAAACCAAAAAUUUGGUUUUCUAGGCCAUUAGCCAUUUUUCUAGGUGGAAAAUGACCUAGAUAUCGUAAUUUUUGGAUUUCUAGGCCGUGGCCGAGUUUUUCAGAACCGAAAAUCCAGGGAUUUUUGGUUUUCGAGGCCGUGGCCGAGUAUUCCUAACAAAAAUUGGUUUUCUAGGUCAUCAUGUUUUAAUGGAGUGAAUGGACUAGAAAACCAAAUUCCAGCUAGAAAACCUCGGCCGUGGCCUAGAAAUCCGAAAAUCAUGAUGUUUAGGUCAUUUUUCAUCUAGUUCAAUAAUUCAUGGCCUAGAAAACCGAGAUAAAACUCGGCCGCGGACUAGAAAUCCAAAAAAAAAUCAUUUUUCAUCUAGCCCAAUAAUUCAUGACCUAGAAAACCAAGAAAUAUCUCGGCCACGGCCUAGAAAUCCAAUUUUUCUUCUUGCAGCACAAUGAAACCGGAAACUCGUGAACUGCUCGCCUCAAAAUAUGCCACGUCAUCAAAUUCAAAUUCGAAUUUGGCGCCAAAAGAUGUGGAUUUACGUGCCACGUCAUCAUCUGUUCAUUUUCAAAUUCAAAAAACCGUCGAAAAAUCUGGAAUCCUGCCAAAACCCGGAAUUUUUGCCGAUAACGAGGAUGCGAGAAAAGAAGAGGAUGUGGAUUAUAGGAAGAGAGCGCAGACGACGAGAGACAGAGAGAAGGAGAGAGAUCAUAGAGAAACGAGAGAGUCUAGAGAUCGAGAGAGGGAUAGAGAUAGAGAUAGAGAUAGAAAGAGAGGAAGUGGUGGUGAGAGACGUAGAGAAAAAGAGAAGGACAAGGAUUUGAGGAAUAUUCCGACACCAAAAGAGCAAAUUGAAAAAGAGACCAGGAAACAAUUGAAUAAUCGAGUUCAGGAUUAUUUGAGAGCUAAUGGAAAGGAUUAUGAAAGCAGAAUUGAUGAGAAACGAGAGAUGGUGGGUGAAAAAACGGGAAAAAAUGAGCCUGGGAGCGAUUUUCAGCUCAAAAUUUGGCUGAAAAUGAGCCCAGGAGCAGUUUUCAGCUCGAAAAUUGAGCAUUGGAGCGAUAUUUGAGCUCUAGAAUCAGAAAUUGAUGAAAAAUGAGCUUAAACUCAAUUUUCAAUUGAAAAUUUAAAAAUUCUGGCUCAAAAUGAGCAUGGGAGCGAUUUUCCUCUUGAAAAUUCAGUUUUGGAGCAGUUUUCAACCAGAAAUCGAUAAAAAAUAAGCUAAAACCCUAAUUUUUACCCGGAAAUUCAUAAAAUUUGGCUGAAAAUGAGCCCAGGAUCGACUUUCAAGCUCUAGAACCAGAAAUCGAUGAAAAAUGAGCUAUAACUCAAUUUCUAGCUGAAAAUUAAGAAAAUUUGGCUGAAAAUGAGCCUGGGAGCGAUUUUCAGCUCGAAAAUUCAGUUUUGGAGCUAUUUUAUAGCCUGGAGUCUUGAAAAAUGGUUGAAAAUGAGCUAAAACUCGAAUUCUUGUCGAAAAUUCAGAAAUUUUGGCUGGAAAUCAAUUUCGGAGACUAAAAAUUUUUAAAAAAUAAUGCGAAAAUUAUUCAAAAAAUUGUCCAAAAUCAGAUUUUUCACCCCGAAAAUUUUACGUUUCACAAAAUUCAUUUAACAAAAAAUGAGAAAUCUCUAAUAAUAUCAGAACGCCUUAUUUUCCCUAUCAAAAAUCUAUUUUUAACCCCAAAAAUGCAAUAUUUACCCUAACUUUAUCCUUCAUUUAAGUUACCCCCACUUCUAAGCCUAUGUUUAGGCCUAAGCCUAAAAAAGGCCUAGGCCUCACCUAACUUCUCCUAUGUUAUGCUUCUUCUCACCCCAUCCAUUUCAGAGGCCACCAACUCCAACACCUUCCGCACCGCCUUCCGCGCCGCUUUCCGCACCAAUCUCUUCCGCCGUUCAAAACAUCUUCCAAAUGCUCGGAAUUCAACCGCAAACCGUGUCAGCGGCCAGAAAAUGCUCAUCAGAUGAAAAUGUCGCAUGUGGAAAGGUUAUAAGCAUGAUUUUUGGUGGAAAAUGGCCUAGAAAUGGAGAUUUUUGGAUUUCUAGGCUAUGAAAAAUUGAAUUUGGCUUUCUAGGCCAUCAAAUCACGAAAAAAUGACCUAGAAAACCGAAAAUCCAGGGAUUUUUGGAUUUCUAGGCCGUGGCCGAGUUUUUAAAGCUUGGUUUUGGUUUUCUGGGCCACUAGCAUUUUUCUAAUUGACUUAGAAAACCAAAAAAAGGGAUUUUUUGGAUUUCUAGGCCGUGGCCGAGUUUUUAAAGCUCGGUUUUGGUUUUCUAGGUCACUAGCAUUUUUCUAAUUGAAAAUAUGACCUAGAAAACCAAAAAUCUAGUGGAAAAUGGCCUAGAAGUGGGGAUUUUUGGAUUUCUAGGCCGCGGCCGAGUUUUUUGGUCAAAUUAUUGGUUUUCUGAGCAGAAACUGUUUUACUAGCUUGAAAAUUUUCUAGAAAACGAAAAAAAAAAUCCGAAAAUCAACAACUUCUAAAAAUUUUACAGGACCUCUUCGAUUCUCCAGCUUCACCGGAAUCUUCGUCCACCCAGCCGCCACCAUUAAUAAUCUCCACCAUAAUCCCAACCGUCAUCACCAUGGACACUCCAGAAUCGCCAAAACAAAUCGAGGAACCCGACGAGCCUACCGUAAUUCCCACCUCGAUUCUUCCCAUCGCCCAACCCGCACCCGCUCCAAUUCCGACAAUCGGCGACGCCACCAAGUUCUACACGGCGACGGAAGUCGCGCCGCCUGCCGCGACGCGGAAAAAACCGCGCGACUUCGACGCGGCUGCCGCCACCGCUUCCGGAUCAUCGCACAUCAAAGCGGAAAGCAGUUGGUUGGACGCGAUUUCGUCGCGUCGCAAAGAUCAGCGACAACAACGCAAAUCGACGACGGAUACCGAAGAGGAGGGAGAGAUAUUGAGUGAUGCCGAAGAGACGGCAGAGAAACGAGAGGAGGUAGAGAAGGUAGGGGGAAUUUUGAAUUUUUGAGAGAAAAUCGACCUUAGAAGUCCGAAAAAUCCGGAAAAUUGGACUAGAAUGUGAAAAAUUGUGGUUUCUAGGCCACGGACUAGUUUUAAAAUUUUAUUUUGGUUUUCUAGGCCACUACCAAGAUUUCAAAAAUAAACAAUUUGGAUUUCUAGGCUACGGACUAGUUUUUAUUGGAAAAAAAUGGGUUUCUAUGCCACGAACUGGUUUUUAAACUGCAAAAUCGGAUUUUUGAACGAAUUUCGGCUUGGAAAUAAAAAAAUUUGAAUUUUUAAGCCUAUUUUUUUGUUUUUCUUGGCCGCGGACUAGUUUUCGAACUUUAUUUUGGUUUUCUAGGCCACUACUAAGGUUUUAAGCUCUCUUUCGGUUUUCUAGGCCACUUUAGUGAAACAAUUUGGAUUUCUAGGCCACGGACUAGUUUUGAUGGGGAAAAAUUGGAUUUCUAGGUCGCGGACUAGUUUUAAAAAUUAAUUUUGGUUUUCUAGGCCACGGACUAGUUUUCGAAAUUUAUUUUGGUUUUCUAGGCCACGAACUAGUUUUCAUUGGGAAAAAAAUGGAUUUCUAGGCUGCAGACUAGUUUUUAAACCAGAAAAUCAGAUUUCUAGGCCAUGACCGAGUUUUCGAAAUGACCUUAGUUUUCGAAAUUUAUUUUGGUUUUCUAGGCCACGAACUAGUUUUCAUUGGGGAAAAAAUAGAUUUCUAGGCCACGGACUGGUUUUUAAACCGAAAAUUCGAAUUUUUGAACAAAUUUUGGCCUGGAAAACAAGAAAUAUGAAUUUUCUAGGAAUUUGGUUUUCUAGGCCGUGACCGAGAUUUCAAACUGUAUUUUGGUUUUCUAGGCCACCUGACUUUUUCAAUUUUCCUUUUUUCCAGAUCGCCUCACCAGACAUUGAAAUUAUCGAAGAAAUACCAACCGAGCCCAGAAUUAUCCCGCAAAUUCCGAAUUUGCCGCCAAAAAUCAUACCGACUGCGCCGAUUCCGCAAAUUCCGAUUCAAAUUCCGACAGUUUUGGCUGAUCGAGAUGAUCGACCAAAACAACAACCGAUUCAGAUGCGAAAAAGUCGAUUUGAUGUGAGUUUAUUGGUUGAAGUUCGAGGUUUUUGAUGAAUUUUGAGCUAGAAAUUUACAUUUUUGAGUAAUUUUGAGAUGAAAUUCGAGAUUUUUCAGCUAAAAAUUUACAUUUUUGAGCUAGAAUUCAAGAUUUUUGACAAAUUUCAACCUGAAAAUCAUAAUUUUCAGGCUCCUCCACCAAUUUCUCGAUUCCAUCAAGGUCCACCACCAUUGGCUCAAAUGCGAUUCUCCGCCGGGCCACCAAUGAACGGCCCAAUCGGCCCCCUUCCACUACAACAGGCCGGCCCCCCACAGGUCCAAUUCUUCAACCGACCCAACUUCCAACCACCAGGUCACGCGACAAAAGCUCCACUUUUACCCGGCGGCCCGACUGUGUCGCGACACGGCGGAAUUCGGACGCCGGCGACGAAUCCUGCCGCGACGCCAGCCGCGGCACAUUUCGGACCAAUGUUUAAGAAUGCGGCACCGCCGCUGGCGGCGGUUGCGACGCCGCAACUUCCGCCGCCAACUCGAAAUGUUGUUGUGGUGGUGGAUUCGAUAAUGUUCAAUCGGGCUGUGAUGUGAGUUUUUUUUUGCCACGUGGAUUUUUUUUUGAAAAAAAAUUGAAAUCCACGUGGCAAAUGACAAAAUUAAAUACUUUGAAUAUUUUAUUUUAGGUCUGAAAUUUUGUACAGAAAUCCUGCCUGAACCCCGAAAUUUCAGCGAUUUUCGAGAAAUUUUAGCCAAAAUCUAGACUUUUGACUGAAAAUCGAAAAAUCGCUGAAAUUUUUGGGUUCUCGCGCAGGGAAACCUAUCGCCGAUUUUUUUUUCAACCAAAAUUUAAUUUUAGGCCUGAAAUUCAGCCCUGAAAUUCCAAUUUUGAUGUCACGUGGCUUUUUGGGGCCAAAUUUAGAAAUUUAAAUUUAUUUUAUGAUUUUUAGGGUUCAAAAAAGCUUUUUUAAAAAAUCUACUUGAAAAAUUUCGAACCCAGAAAAGUACUGUACCUCCCUUUAAAUUCACCUACAUACAGUACUCUAGUUUGCUCUAGGACCCAAAAACUGUUAAAUUCUGAGGGUUUUCUGUACCUAGAGUACUGUACCUUCCUUUAAAAAUCGAAAAAUUUCACAAAAAUUCUUUUUCGGAUUCCCGCGCUCAAUUUUGGCGGGAGAUUCAAAUUUUCAAAGGUUUUAUCGAUUUUUCGGUGAAUUGCUCAUAUUAGGCCGAAAAUUAACAUGAGCAAUGCUGAAAAAUUGACAAAAAUUGGCAUGAAAAUUUUUGGCGGGAAAUUUGAUUUUUUCAAAUUUAAUUUGAAAAAUCUAGUUUUUCAAAAACCAAAAAAAAUACGUUUCAAAAUUUUGGUAUAAUUUUCUAUCAAAUAUUUUUUUUCAAUUUUUUUUUGAAUUCUAUUGGAAAAAUAUUUGAGAAUAAAUGAGCACCAAAAUUCGAAUUGAAAUUUUCAAAAAAAAAUUUUCAAUUUUUCAUGUUUGGAUUUUCAUUUCAAAUUUUAAAAUUCACGUGGCACAAAAUUGAAAUUUUCAAAAAAAAUUCAAAAGUAUUUUAUAAUAAUUUUUCGGAAUUAUCUCCAAAAUCCACGUGUCAAUUAACGAAAUUUAAUUAAUUAAUUAGUUUUCCAGGAACUUGAGAUUUUUCAAAUUAAAAUUCCACGUGGCAAUUAACAAAAUUCCAAUUAAUUUUUUCUUCCAGGGAUUCCAAUAUGUUCAUGGAACUUUGCGAAUGUCUUCGAUCGCUUCUAAUGCGCGGAAUUCCCACCAAACUCUACAUCCACGCGCAAAUUUUCAAUAACUUGGUCAAUUCAAAAAAUGACAAUCACAAAUUGUAUUCAGCGAUUUUGUUGAAACACAAAGACACUAUAGUUUUCGUUCUGGAACAACAUCGAUGCGAUGAGACGGCGAGUCGCGGAAAAGCGGAAGCGGAAGAAUGUAUGUUGAAUAUUGCCGCAAGAUAUCCCAGUCAUGAUUUGGUUUAUUUAAGCAGUGAGUUGAAAAAACAUGAAAAAAAUAGGUUUCAAAAAUAUCUGAUCAAAAUAUUUUGAAUUACUGGAUGAUUCCUAAAUAACUUCCUCUGGAAAAAUCUGAAAAUAUGGGCCGAGAAGCCUUAUUUUUGGUCCAGAAAGCCUGAAAACUCUAAUUUUCUGUCUGAAAAAGCCCAGAAAGCUCAAUUUGAUCUAAAAAAGGCUGAAAAUUUAUCUGAAAAGCCUAAUAUAUUUUUUUAGUCCAAAAAUCAUCCUGAAAAGCUUCAAAAGCCCAUUCCGGUCCGGAAAAAGCCUGAAAACUCUAAUUUUCAGUCUGAAAAAGUCCAAAAUUAUCCGACACGACUUAAUUUGGUCCAAAACGGCCUGAAAAAGCCUAAUCUGACCCAGAAAGCCCUGAAAAUCCCGAUUUUUUUGCAGAUUUGUCCCAGGAUUCUUCACUUGGAAUUUUCCUUUUACAAAAUGGAAUACGAAUUUAUAAACUGGAACCCCUAAUGCAGCUUUUGAAAAGAUUCUGA